AUGAUCUUCACCGCCUCUCUACUCCUCGCCGUGUCCUUCUCGGUUAACUGGCCGACCGCCGUUGUCUCCGUCCUCGUACGGACCUUUACCUCUGUCCUAGGACAGACCUUCGUCGCUGACCUCUCCUCUGUCCUUGCACAGACCGCCGUCCCCGCCUUCGGGUAUACCACUGCACCAUCCUUCGCCUUCGCGCGAGGCCAGCCCCUUCCCUCCAGGAACCUAACCAUGUCCCUCGACCCCUCAGCUUCUACCUCGCCCAUGGUUCUUUACACUAUGUUGCGUACUUUAGGGUCGACUGACAUCCACCAAUUCGCUUCGCUUAUGCGACCAUCGAUACCCUCGCUCUCCGCGGAGACCACAGACACCAUAAUAAUGCUUACGAAUGCCGCACUCUUCCCUCUAGCCUGUACUAUAGCCUACCUUCUCAGUAGACUCUACAUGCAGGCCAUGAAGGAACCACUCGCCGACCACAUUCCACCACUGAAGCCACCCCGGCGUACUCGCCGCCUACAAUGCCGCCUCCUCCGAUGCUCCAUCCCUUGGCAACAACCGACAGGGAAUGACCCGGGUUGGUGUUUUUUGACACUAGCCCCCAUACCCUUCCGGCCGUACCUCAUUGGGUUAGGACCUUACCCAUCACCGGUUAAAGUCUUGAACACCCUCCACCAGUUAGGAGCCCCACUACGCCCCGCACUCAUCACCCUCAACCGUGGCACCGCCCAUGUCAAGGACGGCUCCGGUCCCUAUACUACCAGGCGACUACUACGGUCAAGACGGAUAGGUACCAAACUUAAGAUUGGGCAACUCCACCACCCCGGCGACUGUGAACCAUUCGAGAUACCGAUACUGCUGUCUAGGAACAAGGACCAUCUCCACGCCCUAGUCGACACAGGGGCCACUGGGUAUGGAUUUAUCGAUGCCUCGUUUGCCCACUCCUGCGGCUACAGCACCGAGCAGCUUCCCACACCUAGGCAGUUACAGGUAAUCGACGGCCGACCUAUCGCUUCCGGAGCUAUCACUCAUUCCUGCAAGCUCCGCCUCGAAGUAGGCGCCCACAUGGAAGGGAUCUCCUUAUUUGUCACCCAACUAGGUGACGCUAAGGUAGUACUGGGUCUCCCCUGGCUCCAACACCACGCCGCUAAAAUUGAAUUCGCCAAUCGAUCUAUCUCCUUCCAUGCCGACCGAUGCCGACAACAUACCGCUGCCUUAUGGACCUCCACCCUCGCUUCCUCCCCGCUGACUGCCGCCGCCGCCACCCUGCCACCACCACCGAUACCUUCGAGAACUACCGCCACCGCCACUUUACCACCACCCCCGAUACCCCCAAGGCCUACCGCUCCUCGCCGUACCAUCGCUCUGUCGGCGGCCCGCUUCCGUAGGGAAGCACAACAGCCCGAAAACCACCUCUUCCUCCUGGCUGCUCAUCCCGCGGGUCCGAACCCAACGUCGUCCAACUCCACCGAAGAAUUGGUCCCUACCAUCUACCACCAGUACCUCCACCUGUUCCAAGAGUCAGAGGCCCAAGCGCUACCUAUCCAUCGGUAUAUCGAUCACGAGAUUCCGUUGCAAGAAGGCAAACAACCGCCAUUUGGCCCAUUAUACGGCAUGUCGUCAGAAGAGUUGAAGACCCUUCGGGAAUACCUUGAUGAUCGACUGGCUCGAGGUUACAUACGCUCCUCUUCCUCCCCCGCAGGAGCCCCCGUCCUAUUCAUCAAGAAAAAGGAUGGCUCCCUACGACUAUGUGUGGAUUAUCGCGCCCUCAAUGCCCUCACGGUCAAGAACCGCUACCUACUGCCGCUGAUCAACGAUACCCUGGAUUGA